AUGAUUUUAAGACCAGAUAAAAAUACCAUAACUGAACCGCAUCAUAUUUGGCCAACAUUAACAGAUGAAGAAUGGAUAAAGGUUGAAGUCGCAUUGAAAGAUUUGAUACUGGCAGAUUAUGGUAAAAAGAACAAUGUGAAUGUUGCUUCGUUAACUCAAUCAGAAAUACGUGACAUUAUCCUUGGUAUGGAGAUAUCUGCACCAUCUCUUCAAAGACAGCAGAUCGCGGAAAUUGAAAAACAAACCAAAGAACAAUCACAGCUAACAGCUGUCACUACAAAAACUCAAAAUAUUCAUGGAGACGAAAUGAUUGUCACGACUACAAGUAAUUAUGAACAGCAAACAUUUUCAUCGAAAACUGAAUGGCGUGUAAGAGCAAUAUCGUCAACAAAUCUACAUUUACGUACAAAUCAUAUUUAUGUCAAUGCUGAAGAUAUAAGAGAUACUGGUUAUACUUAUGUAUUACCAAAGAAUGUUUUGAAGAGGUUUAUACAAAUAGCAGAUCUUCGUACACAAAUAGCAGCUUAUAUGUAUGGAAUAUCGCCUCGUGAUAAUGCACAAGUUAAAGAAAUUAGAGCUCUAGUCAUAGUACCACAAUAUGGUACACAUCAAACGGUCAAUUUGCCUAAUAUGGUGCCAGAUAAUGAGUAUCUAAAAGAUUAUGAACCAUUAGGUCUUAUUGUCACUCAACCAUUUGAAACUGCACAAUUAUCACCAACAAUACUCUCUUUACAUGCUAAUUAG